UUCCAGAUAUAAGGCUUAAAGCUCUAUAGUGUAAGCCACAAUAUCUGCUGCCAGUUUGCUUUUUGCCAUCCGCCUGUUUCCAUUUGAAAGACGUUUGUUUAUCAGAUACAUAAUCAAAAUUCCCUAAUCAGCUACUUGAACUGCCGAAAUGGCCAGCCAGCGUCCCACAAAGAAGUCGACAAAAUCGCGCUUCGAUCGCUGGAUACGCAAGUCCUGGGAAGAGUUGUCGCUCACUCCACGACGCAAAGACGCUCCCCAAACAGACGAUGCCGAAGGUGCUCAUACAACGUUACUCAGCGCUCCCCCGUCCUCUGCCGAUCAGGGCUCUAGCAUCGACGACAACAAUUGCGGACAAAUUCUGGGAAAAACUCUGCAACCAGUUGUGUACGAAGUCAUAGAGGAGCAGUUCAUUCUGGGUUAUCUGUGCGACGUAGACAGGGAAAGAGAGCGCGUCCUGGUGGAUUUCGACUGUUACGGCAACCCACCCUUGUGGCUGCCCGCCGCGAAUGUGCAGAAGAAUCGUCCACUAGAUAGUUGGGAUCUCCGCUACCAAAAAACGGUUGAAGCCGCUGUGCGGUUGGAAUCCGACCAACCCUAUGUAUUUUAUCCAGCGCGCAUUAUUUCUCACCAUGACCGGCAGGACGGCGGCAUGAGUCCGAUUUGUGUAGAACUGACACCUGCGGGCGGCGAUGUACCCAUUCGGAAAUUUGUCUAUCCGCUCCAGCUGCGCAUUGUGUGGAAUUUUCAGCUCAGCGCGUACGCUCUCGAAAGACGCUCGGUACUUAGAUGCUGUCAUCAGCUUUUAAAACAAACAGCGCCCCUCGAUUUUGGGCCGGAUGCCGAAGGCAUUGAUCUGCAGCGGUUGUUGGAGGCGUUCAACGAAACUCCGCGGAUAAAAGUGGUACGGCUAUGGCUGGACACCCAGUGCGUUCACUGUGUCUAUACGAAACGAGGAAAGGGUGUUUUCAGUGAGACGUACUUGAAAAUUCUAGUUCAAAAAUCGCGGUGUCACGUGAUGGCGCCCGAGAAACUUGUGGACUUCAAUAUGCUUGGUGCCCAUCGGGACAGUUCUUUGGUAAAGCUGCCGUAUGAAGUGUUGGAGAGGACCGUGCUGGCAAUCCAGGACAUCCACAGCGUGGUUAGCGCUCGAAAAGUGUGCAAAUGCUGGCACGACAUUCUCGGUCGAAAUGGCAUUAACCAACAUGUCGCUAUCGACCUGACCAAUUUGCUGCCCGAAUCCUCCAACGGCCCGGAGCGAAAUUAUAACCGCACUCAUCUUAUAAACAUCCUCGACACUAUCGUGAAUACAAAGACCGUGUCGCUGACGCUGAUAAACGGCGAUCUAAGUAUGGAAUUCGGCAUGUACAUCUUUGGGUUUCUGUCGAUUAAAGUAACGCGUUUGCAAAUAAUCUUCCUGAAGAAUGUAGUAUUGUCAUACGCCGUGGCAUUGAACUAUGAGAAAAUUGAACUAUGAGAAAAAGCGGCUGGAGUGGGCCAAUCUCAGUCAUCUAAUGCAAGCCUGCCGCGUACUGCAUCUGCGCAACGCCAUCGUUCCUUCCCUCUUCGGCUCCAUCGCCGGAGUGUUUUCCGUGCCGGCCGAAUCUCGGUUGGACAUCGACGGUUUUGUGGAGAAACUCGUGCUGGACUGCACGCUUGAUGAAGCCGAUCGGAUGCAACAUUUUGUGAAGGCUUUAGACGCUAGUUGCCCCGCGUUCACGGAUUGCGAGAGAAAACACACUGACGAAUCCUACCGUUCGACACUUUCGCGUGCCGAAUAUCCGCUACGAAACCAGCUCCUCAUGAUCCAGCUGCUGAAUCAAGCGAUAACCGGACAAAUGCAACCACCGUUGUCCAGACUCGCCGCCUAUGCCUUCCGUUGCUCUUAUCCCACGGAGUCAUCCCCCAGCUUCGUCUCUGGCAGCCGUCAUCUUUCCCGCCCAACGUAACGUGAUACGAGUCACAUAGAUGGAGCAUUCCGGAAUUAAAAGCAGUUUUGUUUACCUAGUGCAGUUUAAUAAUGCCCUCUUUGGGUAUCACGGUCAUUCUGCCUUAUCAGCAAUCGAUGUUUUGUUGUAAGCGCGCCCGCAUUCUGUGCAGGAUUGCCGUAGGACAUCAGCGCAGCGGAUAAAUUCAUCGACUCCAGCGCAACAAAUUUUUGAAGUUUCUGCCAAUGUAUAGUUUUUCAAGA